UAAGGUUUUAACACAUGAGCCUACUGUAUCACAAAUAUCUGACAAAAAUAUCAUAUAGGAAACGUCAAAUUACUGUUUUACUGCUAUUGUUCCUCUUCUUCAGCUUCUACUGUAGUUUUAGUUUGUUGCGUGGAAAGGGGGAUUUAGAGGAAGGAGAGACAGAAAGAGAGUCAGGGAGGGUGGGGAGAGUCAAGUCAGCCCUGCGCAGUUGGCUUCUUCGGACGGAAUCAGAGGAAAAAGUGUUGACUGGUUUGCACUGGGAAUCGUGAAAGGAUUUUAACUCUAACUUUGGAAAAAUGAAGCUGUCGCCCCUGCUAUGGUUGUCAGGGAUUCUUGUCUGUGUACUUGUCCCUCCGACAAACUGUGCAGAGCAGCGAGUCCCCGAAGAGAAUCUCCUUGUUGUGACAGUUGCAACCAAAGAGACUGAUGGCUUCAGGCGUUUCUUGAGGUCGGCUAAACACUUCAACUACACUGUCAAGGUCCUUGGUCGGGGUCAGAAAUGGAGAGGAGGUGACUACAUGUCAGCUCCAGGAGGAGGCCAGAAAGUGAGACUCCUUAAAGAAGCUCUGGAGAAGAUGGAGGAUGAGAAUAAAAUAAUCCUUUUUAUUGACAGCUUUGAUAUGGUUUUCGCCUCGGGUCCCAAAGAGCUGCUCAAGAAGUUCCAACAGGCCAGACACAAGGUGGUGUUUUCCUCUGAAAGCCUGAUCUGGCCCGACAGACACCUGGAGGACAAACACCCCCACGUCAGGGAGGGCAACAGGUUCCUUGGCUCAGGGGGUUUCAUUGGUUACCUUCACAACAUCAAAGAAAUGGUUGCUGACUGGAAAGGAGAAGACAAAGACAGUGACCAGCUGUUCUUCACCAAGAUUUAUAUCAAUCCAGAAAAAAGAAAAUCCAUAAAUAUCACAUUGGACAACAAAUGCAGAAUGUUCCAGAACCUUCAUGGAGCCCUUGAUGAAGUGGUGUUGAAGUUUGAAGAUGGACGGGUACGGGUCAGAAAUGUGCUGUAUGAUACCCUGCCUGUCAUCGUCCACGGGAAUGGACCAACCAAGCUCCAGAUGAACUACCUGUGCAACUACAUCCCCAAUGCAUGGACAUUUGAGAGUGGAUGCUCAGUGUGUAAUGAGGAUCUACGCCCACUCACAGCUCUUAAGGAAAGUGAAUACCCACUGGUGGUGAUUGGCAUCUUCAUUCAGCAGCCCACCCCCUUUGUCACAGUGUUUUUCGAUCGCCUACUGAAGCUCCAGUAUCCCAAGAACAGGCUCAAACUCUUCAUUUACAACCAGGAAGCUCAUCACGAGCGUCAGGUCAGCUCUUUCCUGAAGGACCAUGGAAGUCUUUAUCAGGAUGUCAAGUUGAUCAGGCCUGAAGAAGAGAUGGAUGAAGCUGCGUCCCGCAACAUGGGCUUUGAUAUGUGUCGGAAGGACAAGGACUGUGACUAUUUCUUCAGCUUGGACAUCGAAGUGGUCUUAAAGAAUGAGAACACGCUCAAAAUUCUCAUUGAACAAAACCUUCCUGUUGUGGCACCGAUGAUAACUCGGACUGGCAGACUGUGGAGCAACUUUUGGGGAGCCCUCAGUGCAGAAGGCUACUAUGCCAGAUCUGAGGACUAUGUGGACAUUGUUCAAGGACGCAGGCUGGGUGUGUGGAAUGUCCCAUAUGUGUCCAAUGUGUACCUGAUGAAGGCCAGCCUCCUGCGAUCAGAGCUCAGAGACUACGAACUGUUUACCUCGCACAUUUUAGACCCUGACAUGGCUUACUGCCACAAUGUUCGCAGCAAGGGAAUCUUCAUGUAUGUAACCAACAUGCACACUUUCGGUCGCAUCCUGUCAACAGAAAACUAUCAGACCAAUCAUCUUCAUAAUGAUCUGUGGCAGAUCUUUGAAAACCCAGUGGACUGGCAGGAACGCUACAUUCAUGAGAACUACACUCGCAUCAUGAAGGAUAAACUGAUUGAAACUCCUUGUCCUGAUGUGUACUGGUUCCCAGUUUUUACCGAUAUUGCUUGUGACCACAUCAUUGAAGAAAUGGAACACUUUGGGAAGUGGUCAGGAGGAGGCAAUAUGGACAAAAGAAUCCAAGGUGGCUAUGAGAACGUCCCUACCAUCGAUAUCCACAUGAAUCAAAUAAACUUUGAAAAGAACUGGCAACAAUUUUUACUGGAGUACGUAGCACCGAUAACAGAGAAAAUGUAUCCUGGUUACUACACCAAGGCUCAGUUUGACUUGGCCUUUGUAGUUAGAUAUAAGCCAGACGAGCAGCCGUCUUUGAGGCCACACCAUGACGCCUCCACAUUCACUAUAAACAUUGCACUCAAUCAAGUGGGCCUUGAUUACCAGGGUGGUGGAUGCAGGUUCCUCCGCUACGACUGCUCCAUUCAGGCUCCUCGUAAAGGCUGGGCCCUCAUGCACCCGGGACGCCUCACCCACUACCACGAAGGCCUGCCAACCACCGCCGGUGUCCGGUACAUUGCAGUGUCAUUUGUGGAUCCCUAAACUCCCUAGCAACGGCACACACCUCACUGGAUAGUCCAGACCAAACAGGACACACACUGAUAGCAUAUCCUUCAGAUAUGUGCAAAAGCAUCACAGCUGGACAGGUAGUAUUCCAAGUUACAUGGUGAUGUCUGGGUGACUGUGCACCAACACACUUAUACCAUCUCAUAGCUGUGUUUUUUUUGCAAUUCACUGAUUUUGUUUAUUAUACUUGAGAUCUUGAAAGAAAGGUUCUGUAUGUAGAAUUGUGAGGCAAUUUACAUGUAUUAAUGUUUUUUAUUGCCAAUGAGUGAAUGGGUAGUGAUGUAACGUAAAAAAAAUGAGACCCUCCCUGACUUUCUUGGUUGUCUGUAACAGCCUGUGGACUGAUUUCUGUGAAGGAUCCAGGCCAGAUUUUCUGCAAAAAUCCAACGGAAGUGACAUUUUUGCGAGCUCCUGAGUGCCAUGCCUCUCUCCCGCUAACGUCAACAAACAACCAGCAUAACUACACGACAAUGCAACCAAAACGGUGCUAUCCGACUAGAAACACCCUGCAGAUAUUAGCUCUCCAGCUAAUGAAACAGCUAGCUGCCUCCAUUGACCACAACACAUUUCA